AUGGAUAAUGUUUUACAUAUAUUAGUAAAUCUACCUCAUAUUCUAUUAUCAAAGAUUACAAAUCAUCUAAAAGAUAAUAUAGAUAGAAUAUGUUUUACAUUAGUUUGUAGUCGAUGGUUCAGUGAAAGAGAUAAAUAUCUAUCUUUUAAUAAAGAUAAAAUACUUGUUGAUAUUAUACAAAAGAAUGACCAAUUCUAUUUGAAAUCAUAUCAAUGUUUAAUGAGCAAAUCAUUGGAAAGCAAGGAUACAUGUACUCUAAUCAUUGAUAAUGAUCAAAUGACACCAGGUGUCCUUCCAAGCACGUUGGAGAAUUUGAUACUCGGAAGUAAAUUUAAUCAACCACUUGAACCUGGUGUUUUACCAGCAUCUCUACGAGUCCUCGUAUUUAAAGGUCUUGCCUUUAAGCAAAAUCUUCAAGUUGGAUCACUUCCUCCGAAUCUAGAGGUACUUGAAUAUACAGGAUUUAGAGGUCCCAUCACCAGUGAAGUAUUGCCUUCCACUCUACAUACCCUGGUCUUUAUUCCGAUAUCAUGGGCACCAGCAAUACAGUCGCAUCCAAAUCUGAAAUCACUGACAUUCUGGGAACCAUACAUCGAUGAUAUCUUUGAGAAUGAAAUAUUAUGUCUCAGUGAUUUGCCAACCUCUCUAACCAAGCUAUGUAUAAAUACACAUAUCACCCUAUCUUCAGUGUUGUCUCCGUCAAUCAAAUAUCUCGAGCUUGCUGUAUGUAAAGCAGAUGGCAUAUUCAAUGAAGCCUCAAAGUAUCAAUUUGAAACCUUAAAGCUUGCAUUGUCAGUGUCACUCGAAAAUAUAAGUGUCAAACAUCUUGAAAUUGACAAUGAUAGCCGUACUGUCGAAAUUCCGCACGAUGUUGAGACACUGGGUAUCAUUUUGUAUUCAGAACCUUUUACUUUUCACAAUGCUAUUCCUCCAUCAGUGAAAAAGUUGAUUGUUGGCUCUAAUCUAAAUGGUUUCGUUGGUUUUGAGAACUAUUUUUCCUCAGAUAUUAUCACUAGCUCCAUAGAGGAAUUGAGGAUCAACUAUGAUCAACCACUAUUUUCGAGUGGAAGCGGUUUUAGAAAUUUGAAUCCAUCAUGGAGUUUUCCAAUUCAUUGUAUUCCCAAUAGUCUUGUACUCAAUUUUUAUUAG